ACCAGCAGGUUGGAGAGCGAUUUGCAUGUCCCACGAUGUGUGUACUAGGUUAAAGAUCAACUAUCCAUGUACUGGAGUAGUUGUGACUGUCGAUCUUAUUAACUUUAAAGAAUUGUCGUGUACUGUCCAAAUCAAUCAAGUUGAAGAUGGAGUUGCUUGCCUUCCUUUAAGGAUGACUGAUAUUCCUUUGAUAGAAUUAUAUCCGACAAUUGAACAGGAUAAAAAUAAUGUGGUUGAAAAACUUUUCGACACAGCCAAGGCUAUUGAUAGUCUCAGAUUUUUUUACAACCACUUAUGGAUGCCUUGGGAUGAGAAUUAUGACGAUUCCGACUCAUGGGUCACUUCUCACUUAGAGGGAAGACUCUACUUACAGUUUGAGUUGAUGGAAUGUAAGGUUCCUAACGAGGUGGCUUACAAUGUGCUCACACUGAUAUCAAAGGGCCGCAACGUCCUCAGAGAGAUAGAAGACAUUCAGGAGCAAUUGUCAGAUGAAAAAGAAUGUUUGCUUCUACUAGUGCUCACUGAGCUACACAAUGAGAUGACUCAUUUGCAAAACCAGUUCAGCGUAUUUGAAAAACCUGGAUUGCUGGAAAUGGUAUCACCUCCAGCUCUUAUGAGAACCAACAGUUUUAUGUAUAUAAUUGUAAAUAGUCAGUGAACAGCAGUUUAAAUAAUUUGUAAAUACUCUUAGAUAUAUAUCUUGAUCUGAAAACUGUAAAUUACUCUAGAACAAAAAGUAGGCCUGUACCAAGGCCACACUAAAAAAACAGGCUGUAAUGCUCGUCAAGCAUGACGUCACGAUAGAAGACGGCAAUGACGUAAU